CUCAUGCAGGCACAGAAAUCGUGGAUAGAAAGGGCAUUCAGCAAGAGAGAAUGUGUUCAUAUCAUAGUGAGCGCCAAAGACCCCCAUAGGUGCUGCUGCGGUCGUCUCAUAGGUCAGCAUGUGGGUUUGCCGCCAGGUAUCUCAUCCAGUCAAAAUGACAAGGCAGAGCGUUUGGCCAAGAAUGACAGCCUGUCAGAGAAGUGGUCAAUCAGCAAGCACACACAGCUCAGCCCCACCGAUGCCUUCGGCACCAUCGAGUUCCAGGGAGGAGGACACUCCAACAAAGCCAUGUAUGUGCGAGUGUCUUAUGACACUAAGCCUGACCUGCUGCUCCACCUGAUGACCAAGGAGUGGCAGCUGGAGCUUCCUAAGCUGCUCAUCUCAGUCCAUGGAGGCCUACAGAACUUCGAGUUACAGCCUAAGCUCAAGCAGGUCUUUGGCAAAGGGCUCAUCAAGGCAGCCAUGACGACAGGGGCCUGGAUAUUUACAGGAGGAGUUAACACAGGGGUGAUCCGCCAUGUGGGGGAUGCACUGAAAGACCACGCCUCCAAAUCAAGGGGCAAAAUCUGCACCAUUGGAAUAGCUCCAUGGGGCAUCGUAGAAAAUCAGGAGGACCUUGUUGGCAAAGAUGUGGUGCGUCCGUACCAAACCAUGUCCAACCCCAUGAGCAAGCUGACGGUUCUCAACAGUCUCCACUCCCACUUCAUCCUGGCAGACAAUGGCACAACAGGAAAGUACGGAGCUGAAGUCAAACUGCGACGCCAGCUGGAGAAACACAUCUCCCUGCAGAAGAUCAACACACGGAUCGGCCAGGGCGUACCAGUGGUGGCUCUUAUCGUGGAGGGAGGCCCUAAUGUGAUCUCCAUUGUGCUGGAGUACCUCAGGGACACUCCUCCGGUCCCUGUGGUGGUGUGUGAUGGCAGCGGGAGAGCCUCAGACAUCUUGGCCUUUGGACACAAAUACUCAGAGGAGGGAGGCAUAAUUAAUGAGUCUCUUAGAGACCAGCUGCUGGUGACCAUCCAGAAGACCUUCACAUACAGCCGCACACAGGCCCAACAUCUGUUCAUCAUCCUCAUGGAGUGCAUGAAGAAGAAGGAACUGAUAACGGUUUUCCGGAUGGGCUCUGAGGGUCACCAGGACAUUGACCUUGCCAUCCUCACUGCAUUGCUCAAAGGUGCCAACGCUUCAGCCCCAGACCAGCUGAGUUUGGCUCUUGCGUGGAACAGAGUGGACAUUGCACGAAGUCAGAUCUUCAUUUACGGACAGCAGUGGCCUGUGGGUUCCCUGGAACAGGCGAUGCUGGAUGCCCUGGUUUUGGACAGAGUGGACUUUGUCAAGCUGCUGAUUGAAAAUGGUGUCAGCAUGCACCGCUUCCUCACGCUUUCCAGACUGGAGGAGCUGUAUAACACGCGACACGGACCAUCAAACACCCUUUACCACCUUGUCAGAGAUGUCAAAAAGCGAGAAUAUCCAGGGUUCAGUUGGAUCUACUUCAAGGGAAACCUGCCGCCGGACUACCGCAUCAGUCUCAUCGACAUCGGACUGGUCAUUGAAUACCUCAUGGGUGGGGCGUAUCGAUGCAACUACACCAGGAAGAGAUUCAGAACACUAUACCAUAACCUCUUUGGGCCCAAAAGGCCCAAGGCACUGAAGCUGCUGGGGAUGGAGGAUGACAUGCCAAUCCGGAGAGGCCGGCAGAAGACGACACGUAAGCGAGAGGAAGAGGUGGACAUCGAUUUGGAUGACCCCGAGAUAAACCACUUCCCCUUCCCCUUCCAUGAGCUCAUGGUGUGGGCUGUGCUCAUGAAGCGCCAGAAGAUGGCGCUGUUCUUUUGGCAGCAUGGGGAGGAAGCCAUGGCCAAGGCCCUGGUUGCGUGUAAGCUGUGCAAGGCUAUGGCACACGAAGCAUCUGAAAACGACAUGGUGGACGACAUCUCCCAAGAACUCAACCACAACUCCAGAGAGUUUGGCCAGCUCGCUGUGGAGCUCCUAGACCAGUCCUAUAAACAGGACGAGCAGAUGGCAAUGAAGCUGCUGACAUAUGAGCUGAAAAACUGGAGCAACGCCACCUGUCUGCAGCUGGCGGUAGCAGCCAAACAUCGAGAUUUCAUCGCCCAUACCUGCAGUCAGAUGCUGCUGACCGACAUGUGGAUGGGGCGUCUCCGCAUGCGCAAGAACUCAGGCCUGAAGGUGAUCUUAGGCCUCCUUCUCCCACCGUCCAUCCUGAGUCUAGAGUUCAAAAACAAGGAUGAGAUGUCCUACAUGCCGCAGGAUCAGGACACGUACCUGCAGGAGAAGGAAGAGGAGGAGCCAGAGAAACCGGUCAAGGAAAAAGAGGAGGAGGACAUGGAGUUCACAGUAAGAUCUUACUGUGAGACGCAGUACAACUCUGUGGCGAUGCUGGGUAAGGUAACCACAGAGACAUCCAGAAAGAAGGAUGUUGAGGAGGUUCAGAGCCGCCACCGCCUUAUCCCCAUGGGACGCAAGAUAUACGAGUUCUACAACGCUCCAAUUGUCAAGUUCUGGUUUCAUACGAUGGCAUAUGUGGGGUACCUGAUGUUGUUUAACUACAUUGUCCUGGUCAAGAUGGAUCUGUGGCCUUCUCCUCAGGAGUGGAUUGUCAUUGCUUACAUUUUCACCAAUGGCAUUGAAAAGAUGAGAGAGAUCCUGAUGUCAGAGCCGGGGAAGUUGCUGCAGAAGGUAAAGGUGUGGCUGCAAGAGUACUGGAACAUCACUGACCUCAUGGCCAUCCUCAUCUUCUCCGUCGGUAUGGUCCUGCGCCUCCAGGAGCCACCGCUCAUGAGCUACGGGCGGGUCAUCUACUGCGUCAACAUCAUCUACUGGUACAUCCGGCUGCUCGACAUCUUCGGAGUCAACAAGUACCUGGGGCCCUACGUGAUGAUGAUUGGCAAGAUGAUGAUCGACAUGAUGUAUUUUGUCAUCAUCAUGUUGGUAGUGCUCAUGAGUUUUGGGGUGGCACGCCAGGCCAUCCUCCAUCCUAACGAAGACCCGUCCUGGAUGUUGGCCAGAAACAUCUUCUUCAUGCCUUACUGGAUGAUCUAUGGGGAGGUCUUUGCCGACCAGAUUGACCAUAGUAAGAAGGUACAGCAAAGGCUGAAUGAAAAACUCUGGCUGGUCGAAAAUUACUUACGAACGCACGGAACCUGGCGUAGUAGUGGUCUAUCCCACAUUGCCCAGACCACUCAAAAUUCCACUCCCUGCGGCCAGAAUAUAACCACAGAGGACGGGGUGGUGGUGACUCUGCCGCCAUGUAAGACUGGUGCUUGGAUUGUACCUGCAAUCAUGGCUUGCUACCUGCUGGUGGCCAACAUACUGCUUGUCAACCUACUCAUAGCAGUGUUUAACAACACAUUUUUUGAGGUAAAGUCCAUCUCUAACCAGGUGUGGAAGUUCCAGCGCUACCAGCUAAUCAUGACAUUCCACGAGCGGCCGGUCCUUCCUCCACCCCUCAUCAUCUUCAGCCACAUAACAAUGGUCCUAAAGCAUCUAUGCUGCCGCUGGCGCAAGCAUGACGACGACGAGAGGGACUAUGGAUUGAAGCUAUUCAUCACUGAGGAUGAGCUGAAGAAAGUUCAUGACUUUGAGGAGCAAUGCAUAGAAGAGUACUUCAGAGAGAAAGACGACAGAUUCCACUCAUCAAAUGACGAACGGAUCAGAGUCACGUCUGAAAGGGUGGAGAACAUGGCUAUGCGUUUGGAAGAGGUCAAUGAGAGGGAACACUUCAUGAAAGCAUCGCUGCAGACUGUGGAUAUUCGACUGGCCCAGAUGGAGGACCUAAUUGGGCGGAUCGCUGUGGCUCUGGAGCGCGUGACAGGCGUUGAGCGCGUGGAGGUCAACAAAGCUCGCUCCCGGACCUCGUCCGACUGCACAGACUCGGCGUACAUACUCCGCCAAGCUGAGUGCCCGGACUCUGCAUACAUCCUCCGCCAAAGCAGCUUUAACAGCACAGAGGGGAAUGCCUACCGCCUUCAGGAGGCAUUGGAGGGAGCAGCUGAGGGCUCCAUAUCCCCUCCCUCUCCCACUGGCAUCACUGCUCGGGCAAGGAGUCACUCUUUUUACGUUGGGGGUGGACGUGCUGUUGAACGUGCAAGUGGGGCUGAGCGAGCUGAAAGCUUCUUCAAGGAGCGCUCGCUCAGCCUCCACAGAGCUAAUAGCUCGCAAUCUGUGUCUUCAGCCGCCGCCACCAAGGAGUCUAAGCCCCUCCCACUGGCGACGCUGUCGGUUUCCCAGCAGCACCGUCCGUCAUCGUGCAUUGAUAUCUACGUCUCGACAUCUGAGGAGGUGGGGCCAGCCGAGGUCUUUCUUGAUCCCCUCCGCGUGGUCCCACCCCUCCAGAGAGACUCCUCACUGCAGUCAGAUAUCAUGGAGACGGUGCUGCCAGGAGGCCGUGACUUCAGCAGCACGGCUACUAGCGGCUUGGGCGACAGGCACUCGGAGGGCGCCGCAGGCAGCAGCGUAACGACUGGAGCCAUGUAUGACGACAGCGCGGCCGCUGAUUUGUCGUUGUGCUCAGCAAGCCUCUUACCAGACACCACCCUACCUCCUUGGGAUACGGAGCCGUCUCCACCUCCCUCAGCAGGGCUGCUCGAGCGCUCCAAGAGCAGUCGCUACCUCUCCACGGCAGGCACGGCGUUCCUCGACGAGCCUCCUCUGGUCAAGUCCCACAGCCUCAUGUUCACGCCGAGAGGCUGUUACGGUGGGCUAGGGGCAGGAGUCCAGGUGAAGGCCGCAGAAUACACCAGCAUCACCGACUGCAUCGACACCCGCUGCGUAUCAUCUCCAUACACUCCUGCAGAAUGCUCACACUUGCCAGGAGGAUCCACCUCAUUCACCUUUGAUAAGCCGUCAGACAUUAGUUCCUCUCACCCGGAGAGAGAGGCAGAGCUAAGUCACACAGAGUCCGACCCCGAGGACCCCGAGGACCUGAUUCCAGCCUCCGACGCUCCUCGCAUUACGGGCCUCGGCGGGCCCAGCGGAGCUCCUCUCUGCUCCACCCUCUCCAGGCUGGAGCGAGCGAACAGCUGCUCCUCAGAUGACUCCCAUCCUUCACUCACUCUGGCUCCUCCGCAUCGGAAGAGCCUGUCAGUGAGCGAGAGGAUGGAGAGGGGACCGGGUUUGGGAGCAGACAGGGGAUCUGGGCCUGGGGGACAGGGUCUUGCGGGGCACAGAUACCCUUUCCUCAGGAGCAAGUCCGGAGCGAGACCCGACGCGGCCAAAACUGACAGUCUGUCUAUAAGGAAGCUGGCAGCUCCAUCAGCCUUCCGCAGCUUCGAUAGACAAAACUACACGUGACAAGGGCCCACUGGCGCCCUCACACAUUGUUAGGGGCUGGGUGAGAACUGAAAAGGGCCAAGUAACAGCAGGAUGAAGUUGCACAUAGAUGCUGAUUUGGAACAUAUCUAUACUUUAUUCACUUGCAUUUUAGAUUUGGAAAAGUUUAGGUGUGAUCAGCAUUGAACGGCAGUUUUAUCCUGAGCGGAGAACGGAAAAAGGGCAGAAGACUCAGAAGGUCUAUGUACAUCACUUAAAAGAAAGAGCUAUGAAUUUAGACUAGCUGAUACCUUUUGUAGCAAUGUAACUUACAAUUGGGUGCCAUGAAAAUGGAAGUUAUAUUUGUCUUGUAGGUCUUCCACCAACCUAAUUUACAUCAAGUAGACAUUGGUCACUGUUUUGCAACACAUAUCAACCACCCUAGAAAGAAAAGGUCUACUGUUAAUCCUACCUGUAGUGUGUGGUAGGCACUGUUACAUCCGAGAGACAAAGACAAGGGACAAGGAAAGAGAUAGUCAACUCAUUUUGUAGUUUUUCAUCAGCACAAUUGCUGCAAAGGUUCCACUUUAAAGCUUUCCUUACUCAUCGUGACACUCAAACACUGGCAGGUUUAAAAGCUGACAAUCUACAGCAGAGAAAAUGAGAACUGAACAUCUCGAUACUUCUGUCGCUCUCAACAACCCAAGUAACCCAUGAAUUUUGAACAAAGUGCACCCAUAAAUUAAAUUGUGUUGUAAAGUGGAAAGGCAGAAGAAUUGAGUACUGAAAGCACUUACUGAAGUUAACAAUGCCUCAGCAGAAAAUCUGUGUUGCUAAAUGAAGCUUCAAGAGGCAGUCCUUCUGGAGAAACUAGCUUCAUGCAUUGCUGAAGUUUGAUCAGUUUCUGCGUCAGCUACUGUCCGGAGAUCCGAAAGGUCUUUGGGGUCCGUCCUCUUUUAUAAACUCGGUUUGCUUUAUUUUAUUGUGACCGUACCUCGCUGAGAAAUCAACCCUUGAAUGAUCAUCAGAUUCUUGACAAUAAUGGUUUGGUAGAUUUCUCCAACCAUCUUUAAAGGGACUGUGUUGUGUAUUUUUCAGGCACAUAGCGCCAGUUUAUAGAACAAUCAAGUAACUAUGUUUCCUUCAGUUGUUCUAAAAAAAUGAUAUAUACAAACAAGACUUAAAUGAAAUUUGACUUCACAUUUUAGCACCGUGAAAUUGGGCCUCUGUCUCUUUAAAUGCUGCUGUUCUUUCGGACACUCCGCCUUCAGCACCUCAUCUCAACAAUGUUUCUUCAUUAGGCCUUUAACAAGGUUCUUAGGAGCUUUCCACUGAAAAGUAGUUUGCAUGAUGAGCUCAGCAGAUGCGCAGUUCCGUCAGGUGUUUGCUAAUUGCUGCUGGCGCUAGUCUGAAGGAGCUUAGUGGGAGAUGGAUGCUCUGUGAGGUGGAAGCUCAUCUUGGGCACUGCAACUCCAAGAUGAACUGCAUGGAAAGGGCACCACGGAGUGUUUGGGCGCCCCCUAAUGGUUGCCAGGGGAGAUUAAUGCAUGAAAGAAUCAAAGCAACACUUUCAGGUACUUCUGAAAUGUUGCUGAAAGACAGUAACAGAAGUUACUGUCUUUGAUGAGGCAACAACACUAUAACAUGAUAAGCUCAAAGAAGUCAAUUACUUAAAGCUUAACUAUGUUUUGCAACAGUAAUUUUUUUAAGGUAUCAAGAAAGUUCUUUGCAUUUUGCCCAUUGUGGUGAUUAUGCAGCAUGCCAAUAAUGAGAAAUAUUUUUAAUGGCCAUAUAUUAGAGCUAAACCUGCUGAUAUUAUUUGCACUGAUGAGGAACAUGAUGAGUUUCUAGAAGCCAACUGGUUUCAUAGUAAAAUACACCACAUUUUGUUUCAGUAAUGAUACUCUGUUCUAGUCCACUUUAUUACACAUAAUUAAAUUUAUGGACUCAUUUGAUUAUUUGGGGUAGCCCAGAUAUUUAAAGUAAAUUUCACAUCAUUGGCCCCUUUAGAAAUACAUUUACUAAGAAAAAUGUUGACAAACCUACUUUCCCUGCUGUAAUUUAUCAGUAGCCAAUGUUUGCACAUGCAACCAUUAAAGUAGUCAAAAUAUGAUUCAGUCUUAAAAUUAUUAUUGAAUUCAAAAUGAUCCUCAAGAUAAAUUGACAAAUCAUUAUUUCUGAAUUAAAACAAUCCCUUAUCUGUAGGGUACAAUGAAGUGGGUUGUUACAGAUUUAGGAAAACUUCCUGAUACCUCUAGGCUUGUGCUUCGAUCACUGGUUAUUCAUCAAAGUGUGCAUAGUGAGUUUACAUAGACACACAACUUUUUGUCUGAAACCUUUUCAAUUCUGUCCCCCAGAGCUCUAACAAGUGCAAUUGCAAAAUAUGAGGAUAAGGGGGCGCUAUAAACCUACGACCCAGCCUUGGCUUGAAACGAACCUGGUUUGAACUUUUCUUCUUUUGCCUGUAACUUACACCAAAAAAAAAAUCUCCUCACUUAGUUAAUCGUAAAUCUGUUAUUUUUAGCCAUCCUUCAGAUUUUGGCAGUGGUAUUAUUUUUCUAUCCAGCUUCAUCUAAUAGAUCCGUCCUUCAUCUUUUCCAAUAUUCCCAUUUGUUGUAUUCUUUUUUUUUUCAGUGAAAGUCAAAGCACACCACCUAAAAGAGACUAAAAAGGAAGCAGCUGAUGGACGACACGCCUAAAUAUUAACUAUGUACAGGUCACAAGAAUUGCUUUUUUUUUUUAAAGCACUAAUUUAUUAAUUUACUUCUUUAAAAAGCUUGAAAAUAAGCUAUUGAGUAUAUGCACUUUUGGUGAGAUUUAACAAAGGUGUGCAUCUUAGAUCACAUGAAGGAAGCAGAUCAUCAAACGAUGACGGCCAGAUUCAUGUUUUUACAUUUCUCAUUUUUAUUCUGGUGGGGAAAAAGUAGGUGGGGAGAAACACGCCUAUCUCCUACAGGUUUGCGACGAUAAUAAAGGUGAGAUUAUUCAAAUCUAUCUUGAGCUUGACGUUUAUAAACACUCUCUCACCAUUUCAAUUCAGUUGGAUCAUGUUGUGUUUAUUUUAAGAUGAUGAUUCUAUUUAUAACUAUUUUUCUUGCUCAUUAGCGACGAUUACAGUAAAUGCCUGUUUGAAUUACAAAAUGAUAUUUAUAUGUUUUCAGUGAUAUUUUUGUCAAAUUUUAAGUAUUUUCUAAUUAAGCUUUUAAAUAUGAUAAAGGAUGACCACCUACAUGCACUAAAUGAUGAUGUAAAAUAUUUAUUAAAUAUAGAUUAGUCUCAAAUACUGUACAUUUCAAUUAUAUUUAAAGUAUUUAAAGUAGUUUUUAUUGUGUGUUUUAUCAACCGAUUUAUGAGAUUUUUCUAACGUUGAUAUGGCAAUACACAGUUGCCAGUAUACCAAACUUAGGGUGCCUUUCGGGCAUGGAUGGAGUAUGUUGGGAUUCACGUGAUUCAAGACUCUGUGAUGUGUCUCAUUUUUUGUCUUUUUUUUUUCUCUCUCUCUCUCUCAUAUAGGGGUCAACUAUCAGUAAUGAUUUAUUCAUAGAUUUUUGUUGUUCCCUUUCCCAUCUACUGUACAUAGUGGAGGAAUUGUUGUUAUUGCGAGAUUACAUCAUUGCUUGUAUGGUUUUAUAAUUUAUUUAAAUACACCAAAAAUCAUGUGAGAUGUCUUUAGCACAAUGGCUUUGUGGAUUAAGAGAGUAAAUGAAUCUGUUUGCAUGUGACAGUGAGACGUGAUCAUGACGACUGAGCUGCUCCACUCGGCCGGCGUUGCUGCUGUUGCUGGAAACUCUUCUGUCUAGCUUUAGUUGACUGACCUGAUUUGCCUGCAUCACUCACCCCAUCUUUCAAUCAAAAAUCUUCUAGACUGUUAAACAUUUCCAGUUGUCGAUCAUGUUUAAAAGACAUUAAGCAGCCGCAGUGCUUUUCAUCUGCAAAACCAGAUGUUGCCAAACAUUUAUUUAAGGAAAACCUCAACGAAAUGUCCCUUCAGUCUCCAGGUGCAUCUGCAUGUGUUAGAGUGUAGCAUUAAAAACAUGUCAGUAAUUUAAUUCAGAUUGUAAAACUCAUUUAUUCUACAGUUUCAUUGCACACAGAGAUAUAUUUCAAGUGCUUAUUGUGGCUAAAUUUGAUGAUUGUAGCUUAUAGCUAACAAAGUACCAAAAAUUUGUUUCUCGAAAAAGCUGAAUAAUGAACAUGAACGCUACAAAAAUUAUAACAAAUGUUAUAUUACGACCAUACUAUGAUCAACAAGCUUCUAUUUGAAACUCGACAGUCGUCUAAUGUUAUCUGUAAGCAGGUGAAAGCCAAAAAGGGUCAGUGCUGAAGAAGCUGACUGGGUGCAAAGGACUGAGUCCAAGCAUAUUAGUGACAUGCUACACUGAAGGAAAAGGUGUGGUAGAAGUAGAAACUUCUACUGAUGGUUCAUGAAGUAGAGGCUUCAUGAACCAUCACACACCAGGACUUACCGACUCCUGAAUGAGAACGCAUCAGAAACGUCUCACACAGACUAAGAUUCUAGACAGGUGCCACUGUAAAACUGGCCUGGCCCUUUUUUUUUUUUUUUUUUUUUUUUUACAGUUUUACAUUAACAAUGACUUAAAAUUUUAAUUGUUGCACUUAGCUUCAGUCAUAUUAAGAUAGUUUAAUUUUCAUCUGGUAGACCAGAGGUGUGCAACCUGCAGAAAUAGAGCCUCAAGUGGCUCUUUUCUCACUUAACAUAUUAAACAAUGAAAUAUUACCCUUUUUUU